AUGGACGCCGUUUUUGAUUUAAAUAAAUUCAAUGAAAGUAUGGGAAACAUGUUUAGGAAAUCAGCAGCUAAAACGUUUCAGUUCUUGGAGCAGGCAAAUGAUGGACUUAAGGAGACACCACAAUCUUCACGUCGACCAGCUGCUAAACCUCGAAUUGUUCAACAAACAGCUACUGCAGACCAGAAAGGAAUAAGAAAAUCAAUCUCAACGCCUGGAACAACUGAUCAAUUGGUUCAACAAAUGGAUCACUCUGAAGCAUCAGGUUAUGAGCUACCAAAUGGGGUCAUAGAAAAGCCUGAAACAUCCGGGACAAACAAGAGGAAAAGAACUCCCAGCAGGAAGUUAAUCAACUUUGAUACAUCAGUCGAUGAGCUACCAAAUGGGAUCAUAGAAAAGCCUGAAACAUCCGGGACAAACAAGAGGAAAAGAANAUUAGAAAAUCUUACUUUUUUGUGA